AUGGCUUUUAUAGUGAGGCAUGGCACCGGGAUUGUUUGUGUCAGCAUGAAAGAAGAGGAUCUGGAAAGGCUACAACUUCCUCUUAUGGUGACGACAAAGGAAAAUGAAAAGAAACUGCGAACUGCCUUCACUGUUUCAGUGGAUGCCAAGGAGGGAACAACAACUGGGGUUUCAGCAAACGAUCGGGCAAACACAAUACUGGCACUUGCGUCUCCUAAUUCCAAACCUGAGGACUUCAACCGGCCAGGACAUAUUUUUCCUCUUAAAUACAGAGAAGGUGGUGUGUUAAAAAGGGCUGGACAUACUGAAGCAUUGGUGGACCUUGCCAUGUUAGCUGGGUUACCUCCUGUUGCAGUUCUUUGUGAAAUUGUUGAUGAUGAUGAUGGCUCCAUGGCUUUGUUACCGAAACUGCAACAAUUUGCUAAGAGGGAGAACCUGAAGAUAAUAUCAAUCGCAGACCUGAUAAGAUAUAGGAGAAAGAGAGACAGAUUGGUAGAGUGUGUUUGUGUUACACCAUUACAGUUACAAUGGGGUUCGUUUAAAUCCUGUUGCUAUAGAUCUCUUAUUGAUGGGAUGGAACACAUAGCCAUGGUGAAGAUAUUGCACGAUCUUGGUGUCAGGACCAUGCGGUUGAUGACUAACAACCCUGCGAAGUACACAGGACUCAAGGGUUAUGGUUUAAGUGUCCUUGGCAGAGUGCCAUUGCUGACACCGAUAACCAAUGAGAAUAGGCGCUACAUGGAAACAAAGCGAUUGAAGAUGGGGCAUGUUUAUGGAAGCCGCUCUAGUGCUGGCGAGAGAGAGGAGCAGGAUCAGAAUGACAGUGCCGGCGUGCAAGAUCAAACUCCAGAAGCUUGA